UGAUUAAACAAUAACUACCAUAUGAUUGUUUGGUUAGGAGCUAUUCAAUUUAUGAUGAAUAAUUGUAAUUGAGUAGUUUAACCGUCCUGUUCGUGGUACUAUUCCCACAUUGGUUACCUGGAGUCGACGGUACAAGAUGGCUCACUCAAACACGGGAGGAGUAAAGGCGUUUCCUAUUGAGGGCCCCUUCAAAAAUGAGCGGACACGUUUGGCCGGCAUGACAGAUGCUGAUCGAGCCUUCCGCAAGCAGUGGCUGAAGGACCAAGUCCUUGCUGAAAGUGAACCUGCCAUCGUCCCUGGGUUCUAUGAGGCUCGCUACAACCCCAUCCGUCGCUUUUAUCGCUGGCCUCUGGACACCCUCUUCAAGCCCCUCGUGCCAGCUCUGGGUUAUCAGAGAGCUGCAAAGUACCGUUGGUUUACCGGAAAGUUUGGUUUGGUUGCCAUUGCAGCCUACGCUACUUGGUAUUACUUCAAAUAUGACCAGAAUGACUGGACGAGGAAGGGAGGUUGGAGAGUCACACAGAGCAAAGAGAUGGUGACCCCUAAUGACCCAAGAUUCCCUCUGGUCUCUCAUAAGGAAGGAGCCGAUUAUGCUGUUCGAGGAUUUAAGUCUAGCCCAAUUUAAACUGCCUCAGAUGGAAAAUUUUUAGUAAUUUUUUUUUAUGUAAAAAUUAUGGGUCAAAGUUAUUUUGUAAGCAAUUUUAUUUUGACUGUGAAGUCUGAUUGCUGAAUACCUGUAUGAGAACCACUGUAUUGUGUGUACUGUAUAGUGUAAUACAUUGUAAAUAUAUUAAAUAAGAGACAUGAUAUUGUGAAAAUAAAUAAGUUCUUAA